AUGGACCGCGUAGAUGGAACGGAUCAUUACGAAGGCGAUGUACAAGGCCCUGGUCCAUCCCUCCUCGUCAUUGUACUCGAUACCAAUCCUCACGCAUGGACACUAUUACAUCCGACUCUCCCCCUCUCGAAAGCGAUCGCCAACAUUCUUGUAUUUAUAAACGCACAUCUUGCCUCUCAUAAUGCCAAUCAGGUAGCUGUAGUCGCGAGCCAUUGCCAUCGUGCGGUAUGGCUCUAUCCUCGCCCCCAAGCUGCCAACUCGGUAGACGUCGAGAUGAAAGACGCCUCUCACCCAAGUCUUAAUGACGCCAACAAAUACCGCCCAUUUGCUCUUAUAGAAGAUAGUCUUCUCACUUCCCUCCGCGAGUUGGUAGCGACCACAACAGAGCCAGACAUAUCUACUACGAAUACCUCUCAGAUGGCUGGUGCUCUUACCUUAGCUUUGGCAUAUAUAAACAAAGUCAACGUAGCUUACUUGGAUGAAAACACCAGCCCCUCCAAGGAAUCCACUACCUCGGUCGACACCACAACGAACGUGACCGGGUUACAGAGUCGUAUUUUGGUGAUUUCGGUGUCUGGGGAUUUGGCGCAUCAAUAUAUCCCAAUAAUGAACACAACAUUCGCAGCCCAGCGGUUGCGGAUACCAAUAGAUAUAUUGAAACUAGCUGGAGAUACAGUAUUCUUACAACAGGCAUCUGAUACUACCAAAGGGAUUUACAUGCAGUUAAGUAACCCACAGGGGCUGCUACAGUAUCUCAUGAUGGCAUUUCUGCCGGACAACACAUCUCGGAAAAGUCUAGUAGCGCCCACGCAAGAGGUGGUAGAUUUUAGAGCAGCAUGUUUCUGCCAUAGAAGGGUGGUGGAUGUCGGCUUUGUGUGCAGUAUAUGCCUGAGCAUUUUCUGCACGCCUCCAGAAGGUGCUGUGUGUAUGACAUGCUCGACACACCUGACACUCGGUGACUAUGGUGCGAAACCAGCAGUUGUUCCUCGGAGGAAGAAGAAGAAGCGGAAGCUUAAUGGAGGAGUUGAUACCCCAAGCCCCCAAGGAACUCCUGUUCCUGGAAAAUGA